AUGCCUAUAUCUACUGUCUACGUACAGAACCUGGAAGAGCGGGUGAAGCCCGAAGUGCUUGCCGAAGCAUUGAAGACUAUCUUUUCCGAGUUCGGCAAUGUAGUUGAUAUCGUGGCCAAAAGAAACCUCAAGGCUAAAGGACAGGCAUUUAUCGUGUUUGACCAGCCCAGUGCCGCCCACAAUGCCAUCGAAGAGGUCGAGGGGUUCGAGCUCUUUGGCAAGCCCAUGAGGGUCGCCAUGGCGCGAAUGCAGAGCGACAAAACAGUCGAGAUGAAUGGCAAUACCGACGAAUUUGAAGCCCAUAAACGGCACAGGCAGGCAGAAAAGGACAAGCGCAAGGCCCUCGAGGCAGCAGACGAACAAAGACAUCUCAAGAGGGCUGCUGCUGGCGCACCCGAAGCUCGACCAUCGAAAUCGGCCAAGCCGCUGGGGCUGAAAUCUACAAGUGCUCCAGCUUCAGCUGUUGUACCCGACGAAUACUUGCCUCCGAAUAAGAUCCUCUUCAUACAAAACGUCCCCGAUGAGUACGAUAUUGAUGCCCUCAAUGCCGUCUUUGGCCGGUUUGAUGGUUUCCGGGAAAUUAGAUUGGUUCCAGGUCGACGUGGAAUCGCUUUUGUUGAAUAUGAGAAUGAACAGGGGGCUAUCACAGCCAAGGAAAAUACUGCUGGCAUGGCUUUAGGGGAUAAACCCAUCAAGGUUACAUACCAGCGUCAAUGA